CUGCUCACACAUGGAUGACGAUGAAGAUGUUGUCGUGCGACUCGCAAUGCUUGAGGACCGAGUCAGCGCUCUGGAAGAGUCCGUGCUGGGCUCCAUUGAGGAAAACAGGAGCAAGUUCCUUGCGCUCUCAGAGGCUGCAGACACAGAGAAGGAAUCAAUCGCCAUGAUGAAGGAGACGGUCGAGAAGAAUCUGCAUAAGCUGGAGGGAGCUGUGUCCCUGGACAUCAAUCUAGAGCGGCUUGCUCGCAAGGAAGCAGAGACCAAACUUGAGAAGUUCGUCAACGACAAGAUCCUUUCCUUGUCGCUCGAGGCGCAGGCAGGUUCAGCAUCCUAUUCUCAAGAAAGGUUAAGGGGCGAUGAGGUGGACCAAUAUGCUUUGAAGGGGAUGAUCGUAGAAAACCUCCAGGCAGAGCGAGAGAAAUGGAGGAAUGUCGAGGAGCACCUGCUGAAGAAGAUUGACAUCACGUCCGAGGAGAUACAGAAGAUGAUCAGGAUCGAGAGCAAGAUCAGAGAGGAGUCGACUCGCGACAUCAUCUUGAUGUUGUCCAAGUUCAAGGAAACCAUCGGGUCCGACAUUGCGCGUGAGAAGCAAGAGAGAGAGCGAGUCACAGAAUCGAUCCUCAGGAUUCUGGAGGAGGCGAACCUUCGAGGGAGUGGAGGAGCACCGCAUCGCAGCUAG